CAAGCAUGUCCGGAUGAUUAUCAAUACGUGCGAGCUGCAAUGAGACCCGAAUUAUAACCCAAUCGCGCAACAUACCUUCCCAGAACCAAUCCGAAGCUCGUUCAUAGCGCAUCAUGUCUCUCACCCUCAAGGUCACGUCGCUGUUCGUGAGGACACUGGCGAAACCUAUGGCUAAUGCCAUCAAACGCAAUGCCCAUGAACACCAGCGCUUUCGAAGAGUCUGUGUCAAAUUCGCGCAAGGCCUGCAUCGCAUUGACAUGCGCAUGCGCCUCGGACUGCUUCAGGACCCCGCAGUCAUCGACCGCCAGAUCAAGAAGGAGCUGCAGGCAGCUGAAGCGGCGCGACAAAAGGCUGCAAUGCCCACGGUCAUGACCGAGGAAGAAAUGAAAGCAGAUGAAGCUUUGACUGAGAAAGAGAGGGAAGCCAUAAGGAAGAAGGCGGAAGAGCGGACAAAACCGCGCAUACGGCCGCUCUCGGAGCAGAAGGCGAUAGAGAUGGGCGCAAACUUCGCUGCGGAAACCUUCAUCUUCGCUGUGGGCAUUGGCGUAAUUGUGUUCGAGCAAUGGCGGCAAAGGCGCAAAGCGCGCAAUGCCAGAGACGAUAUCCGCGAAGACCUGGAAGAGAUGCAGAAUGAGCUCAAGGCGGUCAAGGCAGAGCUAGAAGAGUUCAAGGCCCGACACCCAGAACCUGCGCCAUCGGGACGGCUGCUAGGCUUCUGGAAAGGAAGUGGGAAGACUGAAGAGAAGAAAGAUUCAAUUCAAAUUGGGGAGCCAACGUCAGCAGCAACAUCGCCGUCCGCAACGCAAACUCCCGCUGUCAACUCUUCGAAUCGACCUCGUCCAAGUGUUGAGAACGAGCCACAACAAGAAACGCCAACCAACGAAACAAGCCCUUAACAGGAUUAGUGGCCCUGUCUACUUUGCACAAAUCCAAGGCACACAUAGAGCUGCAUCUAGCGCAUAUUUCUCCUCUCAGAUACCCAAUUUAGGUUUGUAGACAAAAGAAGAGCACGACUCUGUUCGCGAUAUAUGUAUAGCCGUUACACUCCGCACAUAUCCCCUGUACUGUCUCUCUUACUAUGAAAUCAUACAUUUGUCUGUGUA